AUGGCGACAAAUGACGCGUCGUCGUCGCAAAAUACGAUUACAAAGUUCACUGAGGGGCUUCGGUCCAUGCAUGUCAAGGUCGUCUAUACUCUCAAUGACAAUAUUCAGCAAUUUUUCCUAGCGCGACACACGCCCAUUGCGGUCCGCAUCAUCCAGAGACCGAAGCCGUCGCGACGUCAGAGACAAAAAGCAGCAAAACAGCUCAAGGCGCAACAGCUGGCGCUUACACCCUCGAGCAUCAAGUCGUCGACGCCCGUUCGGCGCAGCCAGACGAAAGCACAGGUCGAGCACGACAUGGGCUUGGGCGAUGAGACGGGCGACGACGAUGCAGAAGAGGUCGAAGAAAAGGUUGAGUACGGAUACGCGCCGCUUAAAGUUUGCAUCAAUGCCAUAUGGGCCGCAAGCCCUGACUUAGCAUACGAUCGGUCUCGUGACUGGUCUAUUUACUGCUUGGAUCCAUUGGAACAGUCUUCGUCCGGAAGACCUUCCUCCGAUGACAGUGUGGCGAGCAAGUUCAGCGGAGUCAUGACGGGGAUGGGACUUGUCUCUCAUGCCCUUCAGGAAGACGACCGGACUUUCAAUCCCGUCAGUGUCACCGGAAAGGUCAUUCAGGACCAAGGUCGUCAAGCUCUCGAGGUUAUUCUUCAAAUGAAGGCGACAAUGUCAGCGGGUGCCAUGGCUCCUUUCGCCCCUUGGCCACAGCAUCCCAUGAUGUUCGGCUUUCCUGGCAUGCCAGGAUUCUUCCGUCCACCACCGGGUGCAAUCAUUCCUAUACCUGCCGGGAAUCCAAAGCCUCCAGUAGCUCCCCGAGCAAAGUCACAGAAGCCUGGCUCAGCACCAACUCCAACUUCGACAGACGCGUCCACGCCAGCUACAUCAGAAGCCACACCUCUUCCAGAUUCUGUCGGAGAUUCGACAUAUACCCGCGGUGCUAGUGCAGGCCCCAAAGUGGACCCACCCAAAAAGAAACAGUCCGCAGCAGCUCCUGUCAAAAAGGCACGCAAAGAAAAGGACAAUGAAGUCAGGGAGCUCAGUCAGCCACCACCAGGGGGCAAUAUGGAGGCCUUGAUGUCUCUGGCGACCAGACUCAACUCCCACGAGGGAGACGAACCACCCCCUCCAGAUACUGCCGAGGGCCAGCUACUUGACUUUUGGGUUGCCGUACUUAGGAACGCAGCCCCGAUGGAGGGAGCAAACGGAGUGGACCGCAAAGGCAAGAAAGUGGAUCCGUAUUCAAACUCUGCACUCUUUACACGAGCAACUCUUCCUCUUCCCCCAAAUUCCACCCAAGGCUCUUCUCGUGCAUCGUCUUCUCAAACCCAAUCUCAAGGCUCAAGUUCGCGAUCUGGACCUGGAGGGAAGACAAAGGAGGCGGCUGCUGGGUCCGGAAAAGGCGGAAGCAAGGGAAUGAACCGAUCUUUGAGUGGACUUACGGCGGGCAAAAAGCGGAAUUUGGAUGAUGAGGAGUAUGACCCUGCACGAAAACGGCAAAAGACGACCCGCACGGUCAGCACCUCCUCUUCACAUACUGUACACGCUUCAUCUUCUACCGCGGUCAUGUCGAAGCCAUCUAAGUCCGCGGAAUUGACUGGGAAGGGUUUGAUCAGUUUCCCCAGCACGUCCGAAAUCCUCGGCCUCAAAUUCGCACCAGGUCGCGCAUAUACUACCAACCUGGACGACAAACCACCGUCGGACGAACCGAUGAUUACAAAGAAGUCUGCGCCCGCACCAGAGACCCCGCGACGAACAAAGAAGAUGUCUGGUUCCUCUCAAUCAUUCCAUAGCCUGGCCCUUACUUCGCCUUUCGUCUCCGGCACUGGCGGUGGAGAUGAUUCCCUCUUUUCAGAAGCGGGCACGCCAGCCACUAUACGUCAUCUUUCCCCAUUCAAACCCCUAAGGCGUGGUGGUGUAGACGACGGAGCCAGACCGAGCAGUCCUUGCGAAAGGCGAGCUAACAUUACCGCGAGUGGGAAGAAGAAGAAGAUACCAAAGACACCAGUGCGCAUGCUUGGUCGACGGGCGGCGUCUUCCUCAUCCUCGCCACCACCCACUCGACGCGCUCAGCCCGACUGGGCGGCCAACCUUCCGCCUUCUUCACCACCAGCACCAUCUUCUCCCAUCACGGAUGCUGCAUCGUUAACACCUGCAGAUGCGGAUGAUGAAGGUGACGGAGGUACGCAAGAGGACCUCUCUCAAGCUACCACCACCACCGAUCUUGUCGUCGACGUCAACGAAAGUCCCUCCAAGUUUUUUGCUCGUUACUUUGACCUCAGUGCUAUACCACUUGAUACUAGCGAUCUUACUCAAUCCUUGCUGGGAAACCCUGGACGAGGUACGACCCCAUCUGAUGCGACCUCUGACGGAGAGUACCUUCCCGAGUUUGACUUGGAUGCGCAAGGGUUUAGCUCCUCUUCGUUCUCGCUUGACGAGCUGGGUUGGUCAGAUGCCGGUUUCACGAGCGGGCCAGCUGAGAGCGAAGGCGAAUUCGACGAUGGAACCACAGCUGGUGCUGCUUCUGAUCUCGACUUUGACGUAGGCGAGCUGCUCACUUGGGUUCGUAAUAACAGUAGUACGACGACGAGCAGCGAGGCGGCGGCAGAGGUAGAAGAAUUGCUAGAGCAAGAAGAUGAUUCUUCGACACCACAGCGUAACAAGGCUGCGGGCUCUGGCCAGGAUCCUAUGAAAGCUUUAUUGGACAGAUGCGCAGUUUGA